UUAUAAGGUCCUAUAUGGUUCAAGCAAGCAAAGUCAUCAAGUAUUGGUAACUCAAUAUCAUAUACCCUUGGGUUCAAAAUCAAUUAUACUCAACUUCUUAAGGCCCUCUUUUUUAAAAGCCCCAACAAUCAACAUUAUAUAACAUUCCACAAAAUUGCACUAAAUAUAAAGGCCCUCCUUAAAGAAAAGGCCCAACAAUCAUAUCUCCAAAAACAAACAAACAAAAAAGAUAGGGCGGGGAAAAACUACAAAAAAGUAACUUGAAAACUGAAAACUCCCACUCUUCUCCAGAAACCACAGAAGAAAUUCGCGGUUACAGAAAAUGAGUCGCCGGAAAAUAUGUUGGUCGGAAAUUCCGUCGGAAUUAUUAUCCGACAUCGCCGGACGUCUCGUAACUCGGUCAGAUAUUCUCCAUUUCCGAUCAGUUUGCAAUUCAUGGCGAAACUCAGCUCCUUUCUCUCUCCUCAACGGUAAAAAUACCAUUUUAUCCCCAAUUUUACCUCACGAAUUUGAAAUUACUCUUCUACCUCAUAAAUUUAAGUUUCCUCCGAUUUAUUUUGAAGAUCGUCGCAUAAGUUUAGUCGCUAGUUCUGUAUUUCUCCUUAAAUCGGUCGCAAAUCCUAAACUACAACCAUGGUUAUUUACCGUUGAGGAGUUUAACCCUGGUAAGUUAUAUCUUCGAAAACCAUUAUGUCGAUCAGUUUAUAAUCCAUUGUUGAAGAAUUUCCCGCACAAUUUGGAUUUAUCUCGAUUUCGAGUGUCGGAAGUUUGUAAGAUGUAUAAUUUAAGUUUUGCUCCUGAAUCUGAUAAUGUGGAACAUAUGAAGAAUAGGAGAUCAUAUAAGUUUAGUAAAGUGAUUUUAUACGUGGAUGAUGGUAAAUGUGAGAGUAAUUGUAACCCUAGAAUUGAUGAUUGUGCACUUAUAAUGUUGUAUGAUGAUGGGAGUGAUGGUGCGUUGGCUAAAAUUAAGCUUGAAAAUGGGGUGAUGUCGAGUUUAUGUAGUCAAAAUGUUAAGAAGUUUGAUGAUAUAGUUAAGUUUAAGGGGAGAAUUUGUGCGGUUGAUAGGAAAGGGAGAGUGUAUUGGGAGGAAAACGGCGUGUUAGGGACUUCCUUGGCGGUUUAUGAGCCUGUGGGUGAAGGGUUAGGGACUGAUCGGAAGAAACGAUUGGUUGAAUCGAGUGGUGAACUCUAUUUGAUUUAUAGAUGUCCAAGGUACGCGGGGGUUGCUUUUAAGGUUUAUAAGUUGAACGAGGUGAGAAAGAAAUGGGAUCAACUUGAAGGUAUUGGUGAUGAUAGGAUUUUGAUUGCAACUUGUGAUGGCUGUUUCUUUAUUCAGGCCAAGGAUGUACCUUCAUGGAGAGGCAAUAGUCUUGUGUUUCGUAGACAUGUUUUCCCUGCAUAUAACAGUGUUUAUCAAGCUGAUUUGGAAAUAUUUAAGACUGCAGAGGGAAACACCCUUGAUAUUGCGGUUUUUCAUUUCGGUAGUGGUGAAUGUAGGCCUAUAGAUUCUUAUCCAGGUUACUCUACGGUGUUCUAUCCUCGAAGUUGGCUUUCAUCAGAUACAUGUUGUCCUCCCAAACAGUAAGAUUUUGUCUGUCUUAACGUUUAUAAGAUGCAUUCACAAAUAAUUUGCAACACUUGCUUGUUUGGUGAUCAACUUAUAUGACCAUGUUUACCUACUUGUAUUAAACAUUGUCAUGUGGGAUCAUGUUGAACUUGUCCUAAUGUAUAUUUUCAAUUUGCAACUUUUCAUGAUAUCUACUAGGAUGAAGUUAAUGGAUGUUGUGGAAAAGUAAGUGAAGGGAGAAAUAUAAGAUGUGUUGAAACAUAUUGCAUUUUGCUUGAAUGUAGAUUGAAGAGGUUCAAGCUCAGCCAUUUUCCAUUAUUACUCUGAAUCUUUAUGAGGGUUGCAAGGCCUUAAGUUUCCAUUGCUCAGCGUCGAUUGCAUUUUAACAUGUAACAUGAUUCUGAUUGCUUCUACACUGUUGAUGCACUAACUUGUUUGUUUAUUAUUGGAUCCUUGCCAAAUACAUUUAUACAUGUACAUUCCAGCAGUAUAGUAUAGUCCUUUCAGAUCAUGCGGCUAUGUACUUUUCAUAAUACAGAAUACAGAGAUGUUCAUUUUAGGAAGGUAAAGUGUCACAGUGAUCAGUCCAAGCAGUCUGUCUUCCAGUUUAAAAACAAUCAAAGAACCUCUGAAAUCAAAUAAGCAUGCAUUUUUGUAACAUGUUUGUUCAAUGUUUAUAAUGUUGCCAAAAUGAUUGUUAUCUUUUAGAGUAACACUUAAUAAAAGGUAUCAGUAGGAUGGAAGUAUCACAAGUCACAUGAGAUUGCAUAUUAUGCAAUUCGCCAAGUUUUAUGUAAUAUUGUUCAUGGAUCUUAAUACUUAAUAGUUUGAAUGACUUUGAAAUUAUGCACCUUUUGUUGCUGCUGCUACUGUUGUAAAGGGGUCCUAAGAAGGUCGGAGAUGCACAAAAAGAUUCUUGUCGCAAAAAUUGUCCUGAAUUGACAAGCACCAAACAAGACUUCUGUUCACUAGGAACUCAAAAGGAUACACAAGCUAAGAACCUAUCAGUAGAAGGUGUCACAACAAAAAUGCAGUGUAAUAAAACUAUUGUUGCAGAUUCUGCACCUAUCGUUACUAAGUCUCUGGAAAGUGGUGUUUCAAAGACGAAAUUCCAAGGGGUAGAUGUGAGCUUAGAUUUGUUACCAACUUUGAAGAAGAUCUGGGAUAAGCAUGGCAAUAUACUUGAAGGACAUCCAAUACGAAGCAAUAAUCUUGUAUCUUGGGCAUUGGAGUCAAUAGCUAAAAUGGAAAUCCUUCUUGAAAACACCUCAGACAGGUCAUUGAACGAUUCUCAAGCUGAUUAUCUAAGUUCCACCCUCUUUGACCUUCAACUUGUGCGCUUGGAUGUAAGCUGGUUAGCUCCCUCUGUUGAAAAGGCUUUACAAUUGCACAAAGGCGUGUCUAUACGUGAAAAAUUGGAGGCACUUCAGAAGGAGACUGGGAGUGUCAAAACACUUCUUGCAGACCUGAGAACAGAGUUGGUUGCUGAACUCGGUGGCUUAGAACAGACGGUGUAUGAGUAUAGAAAGACUGUCUUGGACUUGUAAAUUUUAGGAGAUAAAUGAUGUUAAUUUUGAAGGUUUUCUAGAUUUUGUGAUUUUCGAAACUCUAGUAUGACUUGUUUAGAUCGCGUCCUUGAUGGUGAACAGCUUUUGAUAUGUAUCUUUUUGAUAAUAGCCUUGGACUUGUGUAUUUUGAUUACAAAAUCUUGUGAAUGGGAUAUAGGACUAAAUUCUGUAUUGAAGUUAUGUUUCAUAAGCUUUCUAGUUUACUGCUGUU